GCCGGGGUUGCCAAAGCUGAGAGUGCACGGUGACAUUUCUGCAAAAAGCCAGAAAGGAUAACAACAAGGCAACACCAGAGCACACAAAAGGUGCCAACCGACACACACACACACACACAGGCACAUGGGCGCAAAAGGUCCUGAGAGAGCGAGAGAGAUCAGCCUUUGCAGAAAGUGUAGCACACUUUCUCGGGCUCAGGCUCGUGCUAUUUUUGGCCGACUCUCUCGCUCUCUCUCCCUCUCUGUGUCCCUCUCUUUUUCGUCCUGCAAAGCCUGCUCGGCUCCUAGCUGGCCAACUGACUGCUAGCCAACUGGCUGUCCUGCCAAACGGUUUUCAAACGCUCAGCUGAGAAAAUGUAACGGACGAACGCGGCUGGCAAAACUCACAGACGUGUUAAAGUCAAAGAACUAAGAUAAGACUUUCAAAUCUAGCAAAUAUGUCCCAUAGUUCCCUGAGAAGCGUAGCCAUUGCCGAAACCACUUAACAAACAAUGCCCAAAGUUAAGGCGAAAGGAAGCUCUUGCAAUCGAAACCAAUAAAAUGAGCACCGUCGCCUGCAACACCAACAUCAACAUCGGCCACAUCGAGCAGGUUGCAGGCACUCAAAGGACAAUUACAUCUGGUGUAACAUCAACCCAAAUCGGAACAGCCACAACGAUAUUGAACGAGCGAUGAGAUGGAGCGUCCGUUGGGAUGACGAACUCAGAAACUCAGUAAGGGAGCUGCAACUGAAACGGAAACUGAAACUGAAACCACAGCGGAACUCGGAGUCUGCGGCGACGAAAAUAGAAAAUCUGUGAAAUCCAACCAAAAAACGGCAGAGGCAGCCAUGAACAGUGCGGAUAUUUUGUAAUUAUUAAUGAGCGCAUAGAGCGGGCAGAGUGAGCGGGGUGAAGCAGCGCCGAACAGAGCGAUACGUAGCGGGAUAUCACGAUGUACACUCUGCUGGAGCUCGACUAACACACUGACACACACUCACCCCGGCCCAGGACCCCCAAUCCCGACAGAUUCCCCACAGGACGACAGGACGAAAGGACGACGGCAGGCAGGCAGGCAGGCAGGAAAGGCAACGAAAGGCUCAAUUUCAAGGAAUUUGCAAAGCGCUCGCACACAAACACACGCACACCAUCACAUGAGCGGGCAUCUCUCUCGUCAGGAUAGAAGUAAUUAAAAGUAAAUAAAGGAGGCAAGAGAAAACCGAAAAAAGUCCCUAAGAGCGUGGUGCUGGAAAGGCAGGAAGUAACCUGAUUACGGGCAGAGCAGCAGCAGCAAUUAAUGCCGCAGGAGGGAGGAAGCAGCAGCAGCAGCAGCAGCAGAAGCAGAGGAAGCGCAUCAGGAUCUGCCACUGGCCUCAGCUCGACUCGAUCUCCCAUCAGGACGCGGACUGGGGACUGGAGAAACGGACUGGAACGGAGGAGAAAGGAGUCACAAAAGGGAACCACUCUCUAAGCACACCCACUCAACCAUACACAUGCACUGAAGUACUGACUGAAUGCCUCGCUGCCUAAACAACCAACUAACUCACUGACUGAGAGACUUCAACAAGCGGAGAAGUACGGAGUAAAGCCCUGACUAGAAGCGCAAGUAGCCGAGCGAAACGGGGGAACCAGCUAGCAACUAAACUAAAGGAGCAACCUUGACUAAUAACUGCAACAACAAGAACAACAACAAAACAACUACAACUUACUUUAUACGCAACUAAAAAAAAAAGAAAAAAAACAAAAGAAAAGAAAAGCAAAAGCAAAAAGAAACCAAAAACAAAAAACAAGCAACCAAAAAACGAAAACUUCAAUUUUUAAUGCAAAAACUACGAAAAGCCACGACAGCCAUUUUAAAUAAGCAACUCUCGCACCCUCCCGAAAUUUCAACUUCCAACACCCGUAACCAAGCAAAACACACAAAAACACACAGCACCACCAUGAGUGAUUCAAGAAUGGACAAGUUGGCCCGGAUGGCGCCCCUGCCCCGCACACCGCUGCUGACCAUCUGGCUGGCCAUCAACAUGGCCCUGAUCGCCCAGGAAACGGGCCACAAACGGAUCCACACAGUGCAAGCGGCAACUGGCGGUGGCAGCAUGCUGGGUGACGUAAACAUAUCCGCUAUACUCGACUCCUUUAGUGUUAGUUACGACAAAAGAGUAAGACCCAAUUAUGGUGGACCUCCUGUCGAAGUCGGAGUCACCAUGUAUGUGCUAUCGAUCAGCUCGCUCUCAGAAGUGAAAAUGGACUUCACAUUGGAUUUUUACUUUCGUCAAUUUUGGACCGAUCCUCGUUUAGCGUAUAGAAAACGACCUGGUGUAGAAACACUAUCGGUUGGAUCAGAGUUCAUUAAGAAUAUUUGGGUACCUGACACCUUUUUUGUAAAUGAAAAACAAUCAUAUUUUCACAUUGCAACAACCAGUAAUGAAUUCAUACGUGUGCAUCAUUCUGGAUCGAUAACAAGAAGUAUUAGAUUGACUAUUACCGCAUCGUGUCCGAUGAAUCUACAAUAUUUCCCCAUGGAUCGCCAGCUGUGCCACAUUGAAAUCGAAAGCUUCGGCUACACGAUGCGUGACAUCCGCUAUAAAUGGAACGAGGGCCCCAACUCGGUCGGUGUCUCGAGUGAGGUUUCGCUGCCCCAAUUUAAGGUCUUGGGUCAUCGCCAAAGAGCUAUGGAAAUCAGUCUUACCACAGGCAACUAUUCGCGUUUAGCCUGCGAAAUUCAGUUCGUGCGUUCGAUGGGCUACUACCUUAUACAAAUCUACAUACCCUCUGGACUGAUCGUUAUUAUAUCAUGGGUAUCAUUUUGGCUCAAUCGCAAUGCAACGCCGGCGCGUGUGGCGCUCGGUGUGACAACCGUGUUGACAAUGACCACUUUGAUGUCGUCAACAAAUGCAGCGCUGCCAAAGAUUUCGUACGUCAAGUCGAUUGACGUCUAUCUGGGAACAUGCUUCGUUAUGGUCUUUGCCAGUCUACUGGAAUACGCCACGGUCGGCUACAUGGCAAAACGAAUUCAAAUGCGAAAACAAAGAUUUAUGGCGAUCCAAAAGAUAGCCGAGCAGAAAAAGCAACAGCUCGAUGGAGCGAACCAGCAGCAGGCGAAUCCGAAUGCCAAUGCGAAUGUGGGAGGCGUAGGACCCGGAAUGGGCGGACCCGGGGGACCCGGUGGACCCGGUGGCGGGGUCAACGUGGGCGUGGGACCGGAGCACGGGCACGGGCAUGGCCACCACGCCCACAGCCACGGGCAUCCGCACGCGCCCAAGCAAACAGUGAGUAACCGCCCAAUCGGCUUUUCCAAUAUCCAACAAAACGUUGGUACGCGCGGUUGCUCGAUAGUGGGACCCUUGUUCCAGGAGGUGAGAUUCAAGGUCCACGACCCGAAGGCCCAUUCCAAGGGUGGAACCCUGGAGAAUACGGUGAAUGGCGGACGCGGUGGUCCGCAAUCGCAUGGACCGGGUCCUGGUCAGGGCGGCGGACCGCCCGGCGGUGGCGGAGGCGGUGGUGGCGGGGGCGGACCGCCCGAGGGCGUCGGCGAUCCGGAGGCAGCGGUCCCAGCCCAUCUCCUGCAUCCGGGAAAAGUAAAAAAGGUAAAGGACAUCAACAAGCUGCUGGGCAUCACGCCCUCCGACAUCGACAAGUACUCGCGCAUCGUGUUCCCCGUGUGCUUCGUGUGCUUCAACCUGAUGUACUGGAUCAUCUACCUGCAUGUCAGCGACGUGGUCGCCGAUGAUCUGGUGCUCCUGGGCGAGGAGUAGGUCGGCGGCCCCAGGCGACGCAAGGAUUCGAGGGCGUGGCCCAAGGACACAGGAGUGAACAGCGCACGAGAGAGUCAAACUGUGCAGGGCGCUGAAAAACCACACAAAAAAUAUAUAAAAUGGAGAAACCAAAAAAAAAAAUACAGAAAACUAGACACAAAAAAAUAAGCGGAAACAAAACUAAUUUUAACUAGCGAUAUGAAAAUGCAGAGGCAACAGUUUAUUGUUUAAUACCAAAGCGAAGAGGACACACACAUAUUACAAGGUCGAAAGCAAAGAAUAUUGUUAAAUAGAUUUACACAGUAAUAAAGCAAAAAAAAAAAACGGUGGAAAACCAACAUUAGAAUUAACAACCAAAUGAGUAUAAAUGAAUGAAGAAUAAUCAAAAGCAACAGAUUAGCAAAUUGUAGUGAAAAUUAUAUAACGAAAGGCAUAAGUGAAAGUGUUGAGGAGAAUUAUGAACCGAUAACAAAGAAAACCAUAAAAACCACUAAUAUAACGAUCAAAAAUCAUACGCAACAUAGGCAUUAAACGAAAACGAAGGAUGACUAUGAGAAACCCUCGAAAUAGCGCAGUCGAAAAGUUGAUUUCAACACACCAAAUAAUAGAUGGGUUAACAAUUUCCAUUAUCUUUGCGGCGUUUUGAGUUAAAGUUUAGAAAAACGAAAGACCUUUGCUUCCCACUUCAAAAGCAAAACACCCGGAGAGUCUUCCUCUAAUUUAAGUGCGUUUCCCCUUUUUCAGCUGCACGCUCCUAAAAAAACCGAAACCGAAAUCGAAACCAAAACCAAGCCGAUCCUGAUCUUAACCAGAACUUACUAUGUUAAUCCAUUGAUUGCCCAUUCAGUUGGUAGAUUUGUUUAUUCAGAACUGACUUAGCGCUUCCAAGUGAAAUGGCCAAAUUUAUUAGAAAUCAAAACGUAGUGCAAGGAACAAUUUCGACAAUUGCGAAUCAGUUUGGCGAAUGAUUUCGUUAAGUUAACUUUAAAUGUAAAUCGAACACGAGACAGACACGUAAGAUCGAGAGGUUUUUAAUCAUUUGCACACCACACAAUAAACUCGACACGGAUAUUAUGAAUUACUUUGGAGCGCACCUUUUAUAAGCAAGCAUCGGAGAUAAGUCAUACAAAUAGUUAGUGCAAUUGACAUAGCGAAAUAAUAAUAUGAACGAUAACGAUUCAUUUUAGUUACACCAAUUUUUAUAUCAACUUUAAAACUAACAACAAAUUAUUCAAACUGCACUCACUCACUCACGAACACAAGAAUCAGAAUCAAACUGAAACAAAAACUUUUCGAAGACAACUUUGCGGCACCGUAUGAAAUCAAUCUAAGGUCUAAGUGAAAUUUUCAAACGCAAGUAUGCCCAAUAAAUACCAGUAAAUUAAAAACGAAUACAAAUAGAACAUAGAACAUAAAGUACACAAGUAUGAAUGAAACUGCCUAAGAAAAUAGCGUUUAAGUCUAACAAAUAGUUGCUAAAAAGAAUUAAACGAAGACAAUUGAUUUUCAAUUUGUAAAUACAAACAGAAGACACUCGGAACAUUCUCAAAGCAAAGUAGGAGCAAAACUUCGCAAUUAAACUUAGUUAAUGUAAUCGAAUCUGGUUAAGCGAUUAACUCGGAUGCGUUCAAGCAGUCAAUAAAGCGAUAAACAAACAAAAGAUACUUACGAUGCACCGUCUUAAGUUAGCCUAAUGACACACAGAUACACACAGUUACACACAGAUACACACCCACACGCGAACAGACAGGCAGACAAAAGGGACACAGAUACUCGACGUAUAUAUAUAUAUUUGAAUUUUCGCUCAAGUUCCUCGAUGAAUCACAGACACAAAGAGAAAGAAACAAAAGAGUUAAGUUAAUUGAAACACAUAAUUAAAGGCAAGUGAGUUUAACUUUAAACGUAAAAUAAAGAAAUUAAAAUACAAUUUAGCACAAUGGAGAUAACUAAGCAAGCCAUACCAAAAUAUCAUCAAUGAAUUUUAAUUUAGUGUUUAUGAUUAGUGCAAGGGCAGAUCGUAAGGCUAAAGAAUUUUGUACAGUUAGCUAAAGUUAAAGCUAGGAUUUAGUUAAGCGCCAUAAUAUGGCCAAAACACACACACACACACACGCCCACACGUAUAUGUACAUAGAGUAUGGCUUAAGGCGACACAAGUAUAUGAGAUAUAUAUUCAUAUAACGUAUUUAGGCACCUACGUAUAUGUAGCACGAGUUUUUUAUAUGUAAACCAAACCAAAUUGAACCCUAAUCCGAAAACAAAAAAAAAACCAAACAAAACAAUUAACUGUAUAUACGAAAAGUACUUAUGAAUGGAACACUGGCGGAGGAGGACGUUGGUGGUGACCCAAAAUGGAUCAGCUAUGGAACCCUAGAUAUACUUAAGACGAAACCCUUAACCUUUCUUAAGGACUACCUAACCAAUUCAGCAGAACGACUACAGAAGAGACCCCAAGAAAAUUACUUUAUUAACGAUCUAGACAGACACAAACACACACUUACACAAGCAAAAGUUGAAACCGCUAAUAACAGAGAGUCGAGGAGUCGACUAUUCGAUACCCUUUAGCCAUACACUUUAUCGUCUGUCUGCCUAAUGGAAAACCCUUCAAAGUUCUUACCCAUUUUGUACCAUCCGUUGGCUAAAGAGUAUCCCAAAUCUUUACUAGGAAUCUGAGCGAAAAGAAAGCAAUAUAAGGUUUACCAGAAAUUAAUUGAUUAACUGAUUAACUUAUAAUUUAUUGAGCCAAGUGAAAAGGAUUUGAGGCAAACUGCAAUUGAUCUACCAGCCACACAGAACAUUCCCCAAGAAAAUAGCUAAAACCGGAGACUCGGCCACAUAAAAGUGAAAUCGGUGAUAAGGAACAUAAAUAAUAUAUAUAUCUGCUUAUAUAUGAAACACACUCACACACACAAAUAUAUAGAUAUAUUUUGUAGCUAUACAAGUGUCAGAAAUCAAUUAUGUUACCGAAGACAGAAAUCAAAAUGUUUACAAAUGGCUGAGGAUCAUUCGUAAAAAUGCUAUAUAAUAAAUAUCCCCUAAAUGAGGUCAAAUAACUUUUUGAUGCGAGAACAACAACAAAUAGCUGCUCAACGGUUUCGGAGCGUAUUUCCAAAGAACGUAAAUUAAUGAAAAAACCAUUUUAGUUGUAAACAAUGCAAAAGGCGAAAUAGUUGACAAACAUUUUAAGAGAAAAACACUUAAUGGCAAAUUGAUGCGUUUAAUUUUUCAUAUGGAAUUUUUUACUCUACAACCUAGUUUACGAUAUAAUUUGUGGAAAAGGAAAACCAAAAAAUUUAGUUGCCCAUAGUGAGGACUUUUUUAUAAAACAAACAAAUUAACGAUGCAAGACGAUGAAAACGCAUAUGCACGUGCUGCGUAUGCAAGAGCAUUUAGGACAACAACAAAAACAAUGAGGAGGGAUUAUUUAAAAAACGAUGAAAAUAUGUAAAAUGUUAAAUUAUACACACAAUGAAAUGUUUGAAGCAUUUUUGGUGUCGCUGUUUAGACGGCGACACCAACACCAACGUUUUAUAAAGCAACCGAAAGGGAGAAAUAAAUAAGUAAAUCUAUAUGAGGAUCGAUAUAUACGUGACGCGAUGUAAUAAUUACGUAUGUAUGUAUAUGAUGUAUAUUUAAUUAUAUAUUAUAUAUGUAUGGUGGUCUCAAAAAAACAAGCAAAACCAAAAAUGAAAUUCUAAAGUAUUUAGAUAAGCAAACCAACAAGUUGAGAACCCUAGCGAUUAAGUUGAACCACACAAUACACAGAAACAGAGACAGAUACAGAUACGAAAACUGAUACUGAUACAGAUACAGAUACACUGAUAAAAACCGGAUCCCAGUUCAUGCAGAGUGCACCGAAAUCGAAAAUAAAAACAUUUUUAAAAUGAAUUCAAAGUUAAUGCAAGUGAAUAUUAUUAUUGAGAAAUAGUCUAUAACCCUAGGCAGCAAGACGAGAUAUUGAUUGAACCAUGAAUUGUUAGAAUGAUAAAACACACUAUUCACACCACACACACUUACGGUUGUACGUCGCAUACUCUUAGUUUGUUAUUACGGAGCAUUCAUUUUGGAACAAGCCCCCAUUAUCAUUAUCCGUUGAACCCUUUGCUCAAGCAAAUAAAAAAAGAUGCGAAAGUUUGUUAUUACAUUAUAAGAUUAGGGACCCCAGCACGCUUCCAACCCUCCCCCCCCAAAAAAAAGAACUCCCCGCGGGCCCUGGCUACUGAAAUAUAUUUGUGUGUAUGAUUUGUCAGCCAUCUACUUACCAGGUUCAAGUCUCAUACCAUCGCCAAGCAGUUAAAGCCAUCAAGAGCUGAUCGAGGAGGAGUUUGUCUAUAUAAUUUUUGGUUUUAUCCGUCCAUCAAAAAGAGUUCCUAAAUGCAAUAAAUGAACAUGUUUUAUGAUUACCAGCCAGUCGGCCUGCAAUCCGUUUGCCCCCACAUAGCUCACAUUGGUCUGCUGUCAAUUAUUGGUUCCAAAGUCCCCGCCCCCCGCCUCCCAGACGAUUAUUUCCGCCUCACAGAAUUUUUGGUUGCUCAACCCAUCAGCCUCAGAGAUCCAAAUAAAAACACCCACAUAAGUAUAUAAGCAAGCAUAUGUUUGAGGAGCCUCAUAGAAAGGAGGCGAAACCAAGAGGAAUAAUUUAAAACGUAAUGCGUAUGUAAUGAUUGAUCACUGAUCACAAAUUUUGACUGUGUUAAUUUCGUUAUAUAAAAUGAAAAACAAAAUUAAAAAUACCAAAAAAAAAACUGAAAUGAGAAUAAUUAUCUAUAGCAUAUAAAAAAUAAACACACACAUAACAAAAUAAUUAAAAGGGAAAAUAUAAGAGAUGAAUGUUACAAGAAAGUAAAUGAUAAAACCCAAGAUGGAACCUAUAUUAUUAAGUUAAAUACUAAAACUAAAAACAUCCAAGUGGAAAAAAUGCAAACCAAGAAGGAAUAUUAUAAUAUUGCAAUGAAGUGAAUAUAAAUAAAGA